CAUCCUCCUCUUCCUCAUCGACGCCGUUACACUUUUAUUUCCGACAACACGCGGCACGUAAAGAACUAAUCUAAUCUGAUCUAAUCUAACAUCACUCUGAUUUACACAAGUUUGGUUGGCAGGACUAUUAUUAUUAUUAUUAUUAUCAUUAUUAUUAUUAUUGAUAUAAAUUUCAUUCUCCGACGGAGUUUGGUGUUGUUUGCUUUCUCUCUCGCUGCGCCGUGUCUCGGCGGAUAAGCGACGAGUUAUCUGUCCGAGUUGGACAUUUUGUUUUUUGUUCAGCGCUUUUGGCCAGUUCGCGGACUCACUGACCCGUAACCCGACCGGGCUCACUGUUAGCCCUCGGGAGGACGCGUUUCUCCUGGAAAUGGAGGAUAUUUUCCUGGUUGAAGUGCUGAAAGUUUAAAUUUUGCGCUGCUUGCCCCCCCUCUCCUCUCCGAAACGCGAGGUGUGGCCAUGUGUGACGAGGCGGUUCGGCAGACGCGCAGCCAGAAGCGGGCUUUAGAGCGGGAAGCUCUGCCUGUGGACUUGGAAGUGAAGAAGGUGAAGCUAGAGGGCAGAGACAGGGAUGACCGGCCCGUGCUGCGUCCCAGACCCGAGGCCUCGGCACGCAGCUCUAACAUCAUGAGCGCCGGCGAGGUGAAGGCCACCAUUAAAGUGGAGCUGCAGACCAGAGACGAGCCAGUGGACAUGAGCACCACUAAAGGCGAUAUCAAGAAAGAGAAGCGACCUCCGUCACCGGACGACGUCAUCGUUCUGUCUGAUAACGAGCCAUCCAGCCCACAGAUGAACGGAGGAAGCCACUUCAAAGAGCUUGACACAGACCUGCUCAUGAGGAGCAGUCCUGAAGAGAGGGUUCGCAUUAUAAAGCAACUGAAGGAGGAGCUGAGGCUGGAAGAGGCGCGACUGGUCUUGCUGAAGAAACUUCGACAGAGCCAAAUUCACAAGGAAACCAAUGUACAAAAGCCCUUAAGUUCAGCCUCUGUGGCCACGCCCCCUCCUCUGGUGCGAGGCUCGGUGACCAGCAAAGGAACUCAGCCUCAGGUCGUGACCAGUCGGAGCCAAGCGGGUGUCAUCCCUCCUCCUCUGGUGCGUGGAGGCCAGGUGUCCAAACACGGCUCGCAGAACUCCCAGGUCAUCAUGCCUCCACUGGUCAGAGGUGCUCAGCCGAUCUCAGUGACGCCACAGCAGAUAGCGAGUCUGCGGCAGCAGCAGCAGCAGCAGUACUCCAGCUCUGGCCCUCCGCCCCUGCUACUGGCUCCUAGAGCAUCUGUGCCCACUGUUCAGGGCCAGAAAAUCAUCCAGCCCAGCCUCAUUCGUGUGGCCAAUGUGUCUAAUGCCAACCUGAUUGUCAAUGUCAGUCCGUCACCCAAUCUAAAGACAUCCUCCGGGGGCACUCAGGGUUUGAGUGUCAACGAUUCUCCUGCCAGCCGGCAGGCAGCGGCUAAGCUGGCGCUGAGGAAGCAGCUGGAGAAGACUCUGCUGGAGAUUCCUCCUCCCAAACCCCCUGCCCCUGAAUUCAACUUCCUGCCCUCUGCAGCAAAUAAUGAGUUUAUCUACCUGGUGGGGCUGGAGGAGGUUGUGCAGUGCCUACUGGAUGCCCUGGGGAGAGGUAAACAGGGAGGCUCUCCAGCUUCUCUUUCCACCGAGCCCUUCACCUGCACUCAGUGUAAAACCGACUUCACCUGCCGCUGGCGUAAGGAGAAGAGCGGCGCCAUCGUAUGCGAGCAGUGCAUGUCCACCAAUCAGAAGAAGGCCCUGAAGGCCGAACACACCAAUCGACUGAAGGCGGCCUUCGUCAAGGCCCUGCAGCAGGAGCAGGAGAUCGAGCAGAGGAUCCUCCAGCAGGCCUCCUCUCCCGCCUCGCAUUCGCCAUCUUCAUCUUCCUCCUCAUCCUCGAUCCAUGUUGUGAAGUCAGAGCAGCAGGUGAUUAUCUCACCGCAGAUCAAACAGCGCUCUUCUUCCUCGCUCCAGCACAGCCAGUCUAGCCAGCCAAUCAGCCGCCACCAUUCCACUAUAACACAGAGUUCUGCUCAGCUGUCCCGCAGUGUUCAGCAGUCGGCAGCGGCGCUGCGCGGUGUCUCUCACUCCUUGUCUCAAGCCUCUCAGCUCCGGAACGCUGUGGCAGCUGCCGCGCUGGUCAGCAGGCCAGGUAAGCAUGGUGUGCUUCAGGGGUCAAAGGUCAGCAGCAGCAGUGCCAGCAGCAGGACCUCUAAGACAGUGACCUCCUCCACCUGGAGGAAGCGGAACAGCGCAACACCAGGUGUGACGAUGGCGUACGUGAACCCCAGCCUGCCCAUGCACAAGUCUUCACCGUCGUCGGUGGAGCGUCAGAGAGAGUACCUGUUAGACAUGAUUCCCUCCAGAUCCAUCUCCCAGACGGCCAACACGUGGAAAUAAAGUGACCACGUCUCAGCUUCACCUUCAGAGCGUUCCUGACCAUCACGCACCUCAGCCCUCUUCGAGAACCUCAACCUGGAAUCCGGGUAUGGAUCUAGCACCUCUGAGAGGAGCGUGAGAUUACGGAAGAGCUCGAGAGGCUCCGGAGUCUCGCGUCCGGUCGUGGAACACAUUCUGAAGAAACCCUAUCGGCUUCUAUCACCACAGAUUUCCCUCCGUCACUCGGCUUCUGAUUUAGUCGCCCCACCCUUUUUUUUGUGUGUGUGUGUGUAUGCGUCUUAAUAAUAAAUAAAGUUUUGAUCAUUGUGCAAGGACAGAGAUGUGUAUUAAAGCAAUAGGCCCCCGGAUCCACCGUCACCACGAACAGUAACUGAAGAUGUAUGAAAACAUGAAUGAUACAAAUAUUAAAGUAAGAAGAAAUGGUUUAAGGGCUUCCAGUGUUGCUGCCAGGUCGUAACUGUUCGUAGAGACUCGUACUCAUAAGCCUGAACGUGACGGUGUUACUCAAGGACUCAGUACUCGUGGAGAUGAUGGGAGUGCUGGGUGUGUGUAUGUGUGUGUGUGUGUGUGUGUGCACGCAGGUAUGUCCUGCCUUGGUGAGUCGAGACACAAAGUGAGAUACUGUGUCUGUACCUGAUAUGAAUCAUGGAACUUUCAUUUCUUUGGAAGAAAAAAGCAAGUUAAUAGGUUUUCUUUAAAAAACAAAACAAAAAAAAAGACUGAAAAAUAAAGAAAAAAAAACAUGAAUAAAUCUUACGUUACAAACUAAAAGCCAGCAGUGCGACAUGAAGAGCGCUUUUCAGCUAAAGGCAGUUUUUUGAUUGUAAGUUAUACACCUGAUCGAGUCUGAGCUCGACUGGACGUGUAUCUCUUUCUUUUAACACAUUAAGCUUCAAAAAAAAAAGAGGAAAAAAUACCAAAAUAAAAAAAGAGUUUGGUCUUUUUUUUUUUUCUUCUUUUUUUUCUUAUAAGUCACAGUUUGAUCAUCACGCGACUCUUUUCAGUCUCGGUUACGUGUAAUGACCCCAAAUGCAAGCUUCAUGAUUUCACUCAUAACUCGCUUUUUUUUGUUGUUGUUAUUGUUACUCGCUUAAUAUUUUAUUUAUGGCUUGUUUUACGGUUCCCAAAAAUCUCUUGCAUUGUAACUGAACAGAACAAAAAAACCCAGUGCAUGAUGGACUGGAGACUUGAGUUCGCGCUUUGAGUUUCAGUCCCCUUGAUUUUCGUCCUUGACUUUAUGCUUUGUGUCACUUUUUUUGUUUCUUUCUUUUUUUUUCGCUAGCUCGAUCUUUGCAGAGGUUACCAGCAGAUUAAGGAAGAGCACUUUGUGACUUAACUGCCCAAACUGGAGAGCUUUUACACUGAUACAAAUUCCUCAAUUGUAACAGAUUAUGAAACCGGUCUGUAUUUAUUAGUGAAAUAAAUCAUUCCCACAAACACCACUAGGUGGGCAAAUGGAUUAUGGACGACUCCUCUGUAGCAGAUAUACUGUUUUUUUUGCUUUUUUUCCUUUUUUUUUUAUGUGUCUGCUCUCACACGAGCGCACCCUGUUUCUAGAAAUCAUUGAAGUCUCUCAUCGUCGCCGUCUUCUUCGCCAUUUGUUCGGCUCCCCGACGCCACAGAUCCGCUUCACCCUGGGUGUCGAUGCUGUUCUCUUUAUCUGAUAGGAGAUGAUGAGAUUAGAGGCGUCCUAGGCGUCUCUGUUUGAUGAUGUCACACCGCUCUGUUUCGGGGGUUUAAGAGCAGUGCUUCACUGCCUCCGGUUUCGCCGCACUGUACAAAGUCAUGUUACAAUUUAUUAGGUUUACUUUUGUUUCCCAGUUUGAGAAAUUAUUAAUAAAAAGUUUUAACCCUUA